ACCUCGUGACAACUGGAUCUUGUUGAUCUCGCUUAUUUAGCGUUUCCGCUUUCCUGAAUUGGCGGCUGCUGCAGGAUGUUUGGAGGUUUUGGCAAGGGCUACGUUUUAUUUCGAUCAUUUGGUUUUGGUUUUGGUUUGUAUUACGGAACUUUUAUCUAGCUAUUAUUUCGUAUCAUAUAAGAUAAUUAGUAUGCAUUUUCUUUGCAGAACAUAAGAAGCAUUACGUAGUACUCACUCACUUCAUUUGCUGGGACGUUGCAGGAUUCCCAGCAAAUCCCAUCCCACCGCCCCGCCCGACCGACCCUCAUCUCACCUCACCCUUAUCUCACCUCACCCUGCUUCAGUCUGCUCUUCCAUGGUGGACGUGGGCAAGUGGCCCCUCCUCAGCCUGCUGAGGCCUCUGGAAAUCGCAUCCAUCCGUCAGGCCUGUGUCUUUGGCGCGUCUGCCAGCGAGGGUAUAUACUGCACGCAGGACAAUGAGGUCUAUAUGCUUGGGCUGAACUGCAGUAACUGCCUGGGAACAGGGGACAACCAGAGUACCAUCGUCCCUAAGAAAGUGGAAUGUCUGACGGGUAAAAGGGUGCUCAGCUUCAGCUACGGCAGCGGGCCGCACGUCCUACUGGCUACUGAAGAGGGUGAGCUGUUUGCUUGGGGACACAAUGGCUAUAGUCAGUUGGGCAACGGGACAGCAAAUCAGAGCAUGGUGCCAAUUCUUCUCUCCGCUAACUUCCUGGACAAGAAGGUGAAGGAGGUGGCCUGUGGGGCUCAUCACUCCGUGGCCUGUACCAGCGAGGGAGAGGUGUACGCAUGGGGCUUGAACAACUGUGGCCAGGUGGGAUCUGGAUCUACAGCCAACCAGCCCACACCCCGUAAGGUGUCCAACUGCCUGCAGAACCGGGUGGUGAUCAGCAUCGCCUGUGGCCAGAGCUCCUCCAUGGCGGUGCUGGACAACGGUGAGGUGUGCGGCUGGGGCUACAACGGGAACGGCCAGCUGGGCCUGGGCAACAAUGCCAACCAGCUGAGUCCGUGUCGAUUGGCAGCACUUCAAAACUUCUGUGUGUUACAGGUCGCCUUUGGCAAUGCUCAUGCAAUGGCCCUGACAGACGGUGGCUUGCUCUACGCCUGGGGGUUCAACACGUACGGCCAGCUGGGCACAGGCAACAAGACCAACGAGUUCAGUCCUGUGCAAGUCAUGGUUGAGAAGGACAGCAGGGUCAUCGAGAUCGCAGCCUGUCAUUCCACGAACACGUCAGCCGCCAAAACGCAGAGCGGCCAGGUGUACAUGUGGGGUCUGUGCCGGGGCCAGUCCGUGGUGCAGCCGCACCUCACGCAUUUCACCUGCACGGAUGAUGUCUUCGCCUGCUUCGCCACACCCCCUGUCAUGUGGCGCCUGCUGUCUGUGGAGCAAGAUGACUUUCUAACAGUGGCCCAGUCCUUGAAAAAUGAGUUUGACAACCCAGAGACGUCAGACCUCAAGUUCCGCGUAGAAGGGAAGUACAUUCAUGUCCAUAAAGCUUUCCUGAAAAUUAGGUGUAAAUACUUCCGCUCCAUGUUUCAGUCCCACUGGUCUGAAGAUACGAAGGAGGAGAUUGAGCUCGACCAAUACUCCUAUCCUGUGUAUCAUGCCUUCCUGGGGUUCCUCUAUACAGACAACGUGGACCUGUCCCCUGAACAUGCGAUUGGCCUGCUGGACCUGGCUACUUCCUACUGUGAGAACCGGCUGAAGAGACUGUGUCAGAACAUCAUCAAGGGAGGAAUCACGGCGGAGAAUGCCUUCAUUCUACUGUCUGCAGCUGCCAAAUACGAAGCGCAGGAUCUUGAAGAGUUCUGCUUCAAGUACUGUGUGAACCACCUGACUCAGGUCACACAGACCGAGGCCUUCUGGCAGAUUGAGGGCAACCUGCUCAAGGAGUUCAUAAGCAAAGCCAGCCAAUGUGGCGCCUUCAAAAACUGACACGAAGCUCGGGAUCCGCCUUUUCUGUACCAACAGGUGGUGCUGAUGGAGAGCGGGAUGUGGCCGUCAGUGAGCCUCUGCAGUUCCGCCUGUCAGCGUUCCUGGCUAUGCUGCGUCAGUACCAUAGCUUUACAGAAGUAGGAACGAUACAAUGUUUCCCCUUAGAAAGCAUAAGUUUGAGCAAUUUAUUAAAAUAGAAUCUGCAGAAUUACUGCAGACCGGUUGGGGGAAAAAUUAAUUUACAUACAACUGUCACAGUAUAUAACACUGCUAUAAAAAAAUGAUUAUUCUUAUACUUUUCCAGCCUCUCUGCUAGAGUAGCUUGCAGGGCCAGUAAGGAGGGAUCGCUCUUUCCACAGUGUAGUGGCUUUGGUGAUGUCACUGCUGAAGUGUUUGGGAAAGUAUGAGCAGCUCUUCCAAAGAACUGCUUAAAUGACAGCUGGUCUCGUCUUUUUCUUCAGCUAAGAUAAAUGGCGCGUGUUAUGGUCAGGUUAGUUUGGACUUUCAUACAGGAUUGAUCUUAGAUAUCACUAUGAAUACACAUUUAAAUGAGCGAAUGAAUAUUCAAUAUAUAUGUAGUUUACUUUGGGUGGAUUUUUCUUCUCUAUGGAGUGGACUGCAGUUCUGAAUUUGAAAACAUUUUGGAAUAAAGCUUUUUUUUAAGUUUCA